AUGGCACAGCAAAAGAAAACUACAGUAUCGGGAAUGGUUCAGCCUCCUAGUUUAACACAGAAAGCUCUCGUCAAAAGUUCCAAAACCAUAUUAGUGGAUGACCAUUACAAACUUGGUAAAAGAAUUGGAAAAGGAAAUUUUGGGGAAGUUCGGAUUGGAAAAGACAUAAGAAAUAACGAAGACGUUGCCAUAAAAACAGAGUCUGUAACAGCAAAAAUACCACAGCUUAUGUUUGAAUAUAACAUAUAUAGACAGUUGGGAGCAACCGAUAAAACGCAUAAGAUGAAAGGAAUACCAAAAGUUUACUGUUACAAAUUAGCUGGGACACAAUACAAUGCUUUAGUCUUGGAACUGCUGGGCCCAUCUUUGGAAGAUUUAUUCAAUGCCUGCGAAAGAAAAUUCACUUUAAAAACUAUCCUAAUGAUCGCUAUACACACGUUGCACAGGAUAGAAACCGUGCACGAAAGAGGAAUUGUGUAUAGAGAUAUCAAGCCUGAAAAUUUUGUCGUUGGCAGAAAUUUACUAAAAAAAGAUAAUACCAUUUAUAUAAUAGAUUUUGGAUUGGCAAAAGAAUAUAUCGAUCAUAGAACAAAAAAGCAUAUACCUUAUAGAGAGAAAAAAAAUCUGACUGGUACAGCUAGAUACAUGAGUAUAAAUACUCACCUCGGAAAAGAACAAAGCCGUCGUGAUGAUUUAGAGUCCUUAGGUCAUAUGUACAUGUACUUGGCACGAGGCUCUUUGCCUUGGCAAGGGCUUAAAGUUCAUAAUGCGAAAGAACGAUUUCAGAAAAUUGGCGAGAUGAAAAAAAGUACACCAAUCGAUAGCCUUUGUGAGGGUUACCCCGAAAUGGCAGAAUACAUGAAAUACGUUAGACAUCUUGAAUUUUAUGAGGAGCCAAAUUAUAAAUUUCUCCGACAUAUUUUUACCAACACCCUUCAUACAAACGGAUUUGAAGACGAUCAAAUAUUUGAUUGGAUUGAUAAAUAA